CAGCGGCCAGCUUCUGCAGUUUAAUCAAUUAUUAAUUCGGCAGAAGAAGAAAAAAAAUGGAUACGAAAACAAAGGUACCACAGGCCCUGAAAGCUAAAGUGAUGCUAUGGACCGAUGUGAGCUACCAUGACAUGGAGGAGAUAUGCAAAAUGCAGUCCAUUCCUGAUCUGGAGAGUGCUUUAUGCAAUGUGUUUGGAGUCCACCUCCCUGAACCAAAAAGAGGAGUUCUGCUGGAGAUGUAUGUCCAGACUGUGCUUUUUUGCAGAGAGUGCAACUUUAAAAAGGAACAAACCUCGGCUCUCUUGUCCAUCAUCAAGUCCAUCCAUGAGGCAAACAUAGAAACUCCACUCAACAACAUAGAAGAGUGUUUCAAAUACUGCAAGGAUCUACUUCUCUGUCACUCAGUCAGGCGCCCCCCCUUUAGUAUCAACCUCUUCAGCUUUGAGGAGGUGGAAUGUAUAUUAAAGUACAUCCAUAACAGCUACGUGAGACACUACAAACUCUACAAAUAUAUUUUCACCACACAGCUAAAACUUGAUCUAUCGCUGACUUACUCUGAGACCCCACACCAGGAUGAACCCCCCGUGGAGGAUUCAUCUGCUCCAGAUGAUGAAAAUCUGAUGGAAAAAGAAACAGAAGCAGCACCGACGACAGACAGCUCUUCUCAAACACAAGAAGCAUCCAUCGAAGAACCAGAGGGAGCCACACUCGGUUUCUCACUUUCAGUGCCUUCAGAACUGAAGGCACUGAUUGAGAAAGAGGUCAGAGAGCAGAUGGUGCUCGUGUCUGGACAACUAGAUCAGCGAAUGAAAGACAUUGCAGAUCAGCACAACAGUGCACUAGAUUCACCAUUGCCCAACCACAAGGCCAAAAAAUAAUGGUUGAGAUACGCUGUAUUCAAAUAAGCACUCACACACAGUUUGACAAAUCAAGCUCAAACAUUAGUUUUAUUAUCAACAAAACUUUGUUUUUUCACAUACAGUACAUCAUAUCUGCAUUUCUACAGUUAUUUCUUCGAGAGAAACUCUCUGGAAAAGUGCCACUUAUCAAACUGAAGAAUGAACAGAGUAUGGAAUGGUGUUGGUUAAAUACAGUCACAAGUCAUUUUCACAGUUAGUUUAAGUGGGUUUCCUAUUGAGGACUGUCUGCAUGCAUGACAGCUGCAGGUUACUCUCCCAAAAGCACUCCAAAUAUUCUACAUGAAUGUUUCACAUGUCUUUCAGUACUGAUUUGUAACACUGGAACCAUCUGUAAAUUGUAACAUUAUGUGUAUAGAAUCAUCUAUUAAAUAAUUAAUCACAGUGCUUUAAUGUCCACUUCAGCCAUGCAGUGUUUAGAAACACAUCUCCUCAGUUAUAACUGACGAUUAACAGGUAAUAUCAUAAAUACACAUAAUGUACUUAUAUGUGAUGUGUUAUUUCAAAUGAUUGUGCAAUGUGUCCUUUACUGCAAAACUGAUGACCCGACAAGAAGAGUUUCAAACAACCACAAACUUGGAUCAAAGGGUGGAUAAGAUAAGAUGUGCAUGCUUAACUUGCAGAACCACGGUGCGCAUUAAUAAGGCACACAAACAUCCUGGCCCCUGAAUUCCUCUUCUUAAAAUUAAACAGU